AUGAAGGAUAUUCCUCGUCUUCAGGUUGUGGACGAAAAUCAGAAAUUCACUGAGGAGCUCCCUGCUUAUAUGGAAAAGUGGGGUUUGGCAGAUGCUGGUUUCAAGUAUAAUGUUGUGGCUGUUUUUGGUUCACAAAGCACUGGCAAAAGUACUCUCUUGAACAGAUUGUUUGGCACUUCUUUUGUUGAAAUGGACGAAAAUCAAAGACAACAAACCACCAAGGGUAUUUGGCUAUCCCGUGGUAGAGGUAUGCAUGUUCUCGUCAUGGAUGUGGAAGGUACAGAUGGUCGUGAACGUGGUGAAGAUCAAGACUUUGAGCGUAAAUCAGCCUUAUUUUCCAUGGCCACGAGUGAAGUCAUUAUUAUCAAUCUAUGGGAACAUCAAGUCGGUUUAUAUCAAGGUGCCAACAUAGGUCUUUUAAAAACGGUGUUCGAGGUCAAUUUACAAUUGUUUCAGAAUCAAAAAAGUAAGGAAAAGACGUUACUAUUGAUUGUCAUCCGUGAUUUUGUUGGAGCCACUCCAUUAGAAAACCUAGCAAAGACCAUCAGGGCCGAUCUGGAGAAAGUUUGGGAAAACUUAUCCAAGCCUGAAGGUCUCGAAAAUUGCAAGAUUACCGACUACUUUGACUUUAUGUUCAGUGGUCUUCCACACAAAAUCUUGUUACCUGAUAAGUUUGAUGAAGAGGUUCAAAAACUUCGCCAAAGAUUCACGGAUCCAGAAAAUCCUUUCUAUGUCUUCCGUCCUGAAUAUCACAAACGAAUUCCAGCAGAUGGUUAUAAUAUGUACGCAUCCAGCAUUUGGGACAAGGUCAUGACAAACAAGGAUCUCGAUUUACCCACACAGCAAGAAUUGCUCGCUCAAUAUAGAUGUGAUGAGAUUUCAAAUGCUGCUUUUGAAGUGUUUAAAGAACAAAUUGCACCCUUCAAGAUACCCAUUCUCGAGAAAGGACAGAUUAUGGCAGAUUUAGGAGAGAAAAUGAAAACGAUGAGAGAGCAAGCACUCGCAAGCUUUGACAAGAGUGCUUCCCGUUAUAACCAAGGCGUAUACCAAAAGAAACGUGCUGAAAUGCUAGUGAAACUGAAUACCCAAUUGGGCGUUUAUUUUGUUGGCCAACUGAAUAAUCUUCACAAAAAGACAUCCGUCUCAUUCAGUGAAAAGUUAAAGAAUCAAUUGAAAGAGCCUGGAUAUAAUUUUGCUGAGGUUGUUGCGAAUUGUAAGAAGGAGGCAAUGGACUUUUACUUGUCUGCCGCAAAAGCUAUUUUAUUACCUGAAACGGACUGGUCCUAUGCCCACGAUGAAGAAGUAUUAGCAGAAGAACUGAACGAAAUUUCAGCAAGUGCCCGUGUCGAGGAAUUCAAAAAGAUGAACAAAGCACUUGAAAAACAAAUGCAAACCGAAUUAGCCGAUCCAGUAGCACUCGCCUUGAAUCGACCUGACAAUACCAUGUGGCAUAAGAUUAUACAAACAUACAAGAAUACAGUGACGGAUGGAGAAAAGAUGUUGGCAAAGAAAGCUAAGAGCUUUGACUCAUCAGAAGAAGAGAUUCAACAAUCUGUGACAGAUCUAAAGCGUCAAGCUUGGAUUGUGCUUCGUAAAAAAGUGGAUGAAGAAUUGGCAGAUAGUUUAUUAUUGCUGAAACUUCGUGAUAGGUUCGAGGAAAAGUUCCGUUAUGAUGAAAUGGGUCUUCCCAGAGUAUGGAAACCAGAAGAUGAUAUUGAUUCCUACUUUCAAAAGGCUAGGGAUGAGACUUUGACGUUGGUGAAGGUCUUUUCUAAAGUGGAUUUGAGUGAAGAUGCUGGCUUUGAAAUAGAAUCCACAGAUGACUUUGACUUUCAACAAUCGCUCACCAUCCUUACUGAAGCCAAGCAGAUUGAUAUCACCAAUCGAUUCAAGAGAGAGUCUGAUGCAUUCUAUUUGGAAGCAAAGCGAUCUGUAGUUGCAACGACUGCCAAGGUGCCCACGUGGGUCAUCAUCAUGCUUAUUGCUCUUGGUUGGAAUGAAUUUAUGGCUGUUAUUCGUAGCCCUAUUUAUCUCAUGUUUUUCAUAUUUGCCGUCACCAUCGGCUAUGUCAUCUAUGCUCUUGAUUUAUGGGGCCCUGUGGAGCGUAUAUUGACAACGGUGUCGAUGGAAGCAACAAAGAUGGCGAAAGCAAAGUUGGCAGAAUCUAUUCACACCACGGGUCAAGGAAGUCAACAAUACGAAUUGUCAACUAUAAAAGAUAAAAAUGAUUAG